GAGGGCUGCAUCAUUAUUAGGCGUGUUCACAGCAUCGCAGAGGCGAGGAAGCACAGAAGAGGGCACGACGGGACAGAUAAGCCAAAGAACACCUAACAACAAUCAUGUAUCCUACAUGGACAAUGAAAGAGACCUUUGGGCAGUUCAUGAUGAGUUAUGCUGAAAAGCCGGAGGACAUAACGAGAGAAGAGUGGAUGGAAAAGCUCAACAAUGUCCACAUUCAGAGAGCUGACAUGAACAGGCUCAUCAUGAACUACCUGGUUACAGAGGGGUUCAAGGAGGCAGCUGAGAAGUUCCGCAUGGAGUCUGGCAUUGAGCCCAGCGUGGACCUGGAUUCACUGGAUGAGAGGAUAAAGAUCCGGGAGAUGAUCCUGAAGGGACAGAUACAGGAGGCCAUUGCACUAAUCAACAGCCUGCACCCAGAAUUGCUUGACACAAAUCGCUACCUGUACUUUCACCUACAGCAGCAGCACCUGAUCGAGCUGAUCCGUCUUAGGGAGACCGAGGCAGCACUAGAAUUUGCUCAGUCCCAGCUGGCAGAGCAGGGGGAGGAGAGCAGAGAAUGUCUGACGGAGAUGGAGAGAACCCUGGCACUGCUGGCCUUUGACAACCCAGAGGAGUCACCCUUUGGAGACCUCCUGAAUACAAUGCAGAGGCAGAAGGUUUGGAGUGAGGUGAACCAGUCUGUGCUGGACUACGAAAACAGGGAGUCGACGCCUAAACUGGCCAAGCUUCUCAAACUGCUCCUGUGGGCUCAGAAUGAACUUGACCAAAAGAAAGUCAAGUAUCCCAAAAUGACAGACCUCAGCAAGGGCACGAUCGAGGACCCAAAGUGAAACACUAGAGUGCGUGUGCUGACUAAAAGGACUCACCUACUCCCCUCCUUUCUAUUUAUACUCCGAGAGAGACUGACUCAACCUAUUUUCUUUUUUUUGUGUCGGUUGGUUUUUUGGGAGACUUUGAUAACAUGGACUGUGCAAAAUGAAUGGUUUGUAUUUUAAAGUGACUUGCUGCCUGAAACUUCAAUAUCUGAAAUAUAAACCCUUGUAUUUAAAUUCAGUAAAAUGCCGCCUUUUUGUCUGUGAAUAAUAGUUCCGUAUAAGCAUUUCCUUUCUACAUAUUUCACAGUUACACUAUUUUUUUCUGUCUAGUGGCAGGGAAAGUUUGCUAUCUUUGCAUAUAGACAGCGUGUUAAGCCUAAAUUAGGCUGUUGGGGCUAUAAUGUGUCAACCUAGAAGAGAACUGAAUGAGGGUGUGGUGUCAGGAAUAGGUUCCUAUUGCUGUGGUCCAAUGUCCCAAUACAUAUUUUGUUUUCAGAGCAAAAACAUGCAAAUUUCAGUUUCUCAAGAGUGCUAGGUUAGAGGCCAAAGUUGGGUACUAACUGAAUGCUUCUAAGCUGCCAAUGCCCUGCAACUUUGUCAGUGUUAUUGUGACCUUUUCAUCUUGUGUUAUCUUGAACAAACAAGACAAUGUGAGUACAAACAUACAGACAUCCACUCAGUUCACGAUGACAAUUUUGCAUCCAGAUUAUUUACAUGUAUGGAAUAAAGUACUCUUUUGAAACAUGU